UUGUACAGUACCUACUACUCACUCAUACUUGAAAGUCCAAGAAUUUUUUCUGUGAUACUUUUUGAAGUGUUCUAUUAUUUUCCUCCUUAAAUUGAAGUUGUGUCAAGAUUUUUGUCUCUGUACCCAGAUAAGGUCAUGGAGAAACAACUCUGGGUUUGUAUAUGGUAGACUUGUAUAUAUGUAAGAUUUCAGGUCCUUCUCCUGAUUUUAAGUGUAAUUGAUUCGGUAAGAAAAAAUUAAGAAAACGGAAAUACCUUUUAAAAAAUUUCAAAAUGUUUAUGCGAGGAAUGUUAAAUGUCACCACCCUUUGUGCACUUUACGCACUUCCAGGUCCAGCAAAAAUUAAAAUAGAAAACAAAACAUUCCAAUCGUAUUCUAUAAAUAGAAGACUCUGUCCUGAAAUAGAUCCUUUUAGGGAUACAAUCUUUGAACUGUAUACAAGAACAAAUCGUAAAGAAGCACAGAUUCUACGUACUAAUAAUAUUGCAGCAUUAAAAAAAUCAAAUAUUGAUUAUAGUCGAUCUACAGUUAUCUUCUUCCACGGGUUUAUGGAUUCUUCACAUUCCAAUAAUGCAAUAACAUUCAAAGAUGCUUAUCUGCAUAGGGGUGAUUACAACAUUAUCCUAGUAAACAACGAAAGAUUGUUAGCAGGUAUGGAUUAUGUAACAGCAGUUCAAAAUUGCAAACCGAUAGGCCAGUUUUCCGCAAAAUUUAUAGAUUUUUUAUUAAUCCAAGGUUUAAGACUGUCUUCAUUGCAUCUUAUUGGGAUGAGCUUGGGGGCUCAGAUAGCUGGUUUGACGAGCAAAAGUAUGAAAUCUGGAAAGCCUCAACGAGUGACUGGUCUAGACCCAGCUGGACUGCUUUUUAAUUCUCUCCCAAAAUCCGAAAGAAUUAGUGUUGGAGAUGGUAAAUUUGUUGAUAUUAUACACACCAACGCUGGUUUUAUUGGAGACGACAGAGCUGUUGGAGAUUUGGAUAUAUGGGUUAAUGGUGGAAUGAAACAACCUGGUUGUUUCAAGCAAUCGGCAAAUGCUCCUUUACUUAAGUAUGUAUUUUGUAGUCAUUCAACGUCAUUCAGGAUUUAUAUAAAAUCACUCUAUGAACCAAAACGCUUUUUAAUAACAAAAUGCAGGAACUAUCCUGCAUAUAUUAGUGGAGCCUGUUCGAAUGGAAAUACAACCUACAUUGGUGAAUAUAUCAACCAAACAUUAAGAGGAAACUUCUUCAUAAAUACUAUGGAUACAUCUCUAACUGUUUAAUAACAGUUUUGCACAACAAUUUAACAACAAUUGAACAACAAUUUGUCUCAUACUUUGGUAAACUUACAUCUAAUUUACUAAUUUAUUUAAACAAAAAAAAAAUCAAGCCCGGCCUUAAAAAUGAGUUUGUUUUGUUCAUGUAAAAAAUUUCACCCUGUAUAUAGUUUUAGAAAACACUAAUAAGGCUGUUAUAAAGUACACAAA